AUGUAUUCAGGAUGCUCUCUUCUUGCUGCUGUGGCGGCUUUGAGCGUUCAAUCCUCGUUUGCCUAUGUGGCGCGCGCUCCACGGCACGGCGAGUGCAAAAAGACAAAGGUUGCCAUUCUGGGCGCCGGAACGGCCGGUAUCGCAGCUGCGCGCGCGCUGUCUAAUAGUUCCGUGAGCGACUUUGUCAUCAUCGAGUAUAACGACCGGGUUGGCGGGCGCGUCACGCAGACGAACUUUGGCAGGAAGAAGGAUGGCUCGCCGUAUGUGGUUGAGCUGGGUGCCAACUGGAUUCAAGGGCUUGGCAGCCCGGGUGGUCCUCAAAAUCCGGUCUGGACCAUGGCUCAAAAGUACGGGCUGAAAAACACCUUUUCAGACUACAACUCCAUCUUGACCUACGAUGAGAGCGGAUACAACAACUACAGCUCCCUCCUUGCCGAAUACCAGGCCGCCUGGGACAAGGCGUCGAUAAAGGCUGGUCGCAUGCUUGCCGACAACAUCCAGGACGAGACAGCUCGUGCUGGCCUGUCCCUGGCUGGAUGGAAUCCAAAGCACAGCGACAUGCACCGCCAGGCCGUGGAAUGGUGGAGCUGGGACUGGGACGCUGCCCUCACCCCGGAGGAAUCCUCGUUAAUCUUCGGCGCAGCCGGCAACAACCUCACCUUUAACCAGUUCAGCGACCAGAACAACAUGGUGAUCGACCCCCGCGGCUACAGACACAUCAUCGAGCAAGAAUCCCGGACGUUCCUCGGGCCCAACGAUCGGCGGCUGCUUCUCAAGACGCAAGUCACCAACAUCACCUACUCGGACGACGGCGUCACGGUCCACACCAGCGACGGCUCCUGCAUCUCGGCCGCCUACGCCAUCUGCACCUUUUCCCUGGGCGUUCUGCAGAACGAGGCCGUGGGCUUCGCGCCGCCCCUGCCCGAGUGGAAGCGGACGGCGGUCUCCAAGUUCAGCAUGGGGACCUACACCAAGCUCUUUAUGCAGUUCAACGAGACGUUUUGGCCGGGCGACACGCAGUACCUGCUGUACGCGUCGCCCACCAAGCGCGGCUACUUCCCCAUGUGGGAGUCGCUGUCGGGCGAGGGUUUCCUGCGCGGCUCCAACAUCCUGUUCGCCACGGUCACGGGCGACGAGUCGUACAGGCUGGAGCAGCAGACGGACGAGCAGACCAAGGGGGAGAUGAUGGCGGUGCUGCGGCAAAUGUUUCCCAACGUGACGGUGCCCGAGCCGACGGCGUUCCUGUACCCGCGGUGGACGAGCACGCCCUGGGCGUACGGCAGCUACUCCAACUGGCCCAUCGGGACGACGCUCGAGAUGCACCAGAACCUGAGGGCGAACACGGGCCGCCUGUGGUUCGCCGGCGAGGCCACGAGCGCCGAGUACUUUGGCUUCGUGCACGGCGCGUGGUUCGAAGGCGUCGAGGCCGGGGCGCACGUUGCUGCGCUGGUGCAGAAGCGGUGCGCGCGCGUGCACAACGUCGGGCAGUGCGGCGGGAGGCCUCACUACGACGAGCUGCUCGGGACGUCGGCCCUGGAGGAGUACAACGCCCUGAACGGCUGGGCGGUAAGCAGCUUCUACCGCAGCAGCUGA